AUGCUUCUUCAUCAUUCGAAAUUUGUAUUCCUAUUUCGAAGACAUUUCUGGAAACUGAUACUCGUGGUUACUGUUAUUUUACUCGGAGUACUACUGACCUCAUCAUUGAAAAGGGAUGAGUUGCCACCACGCCACAAACUUGCAAAAUAUAACAUGGAUGUUAGUGAAAAAGAUCCAACUGAAGUAUAUCUAGAUAUCGGUGGAGGAACUAUUCAAAUGGGAAGACUUCAGAAAGAAAAUUUCACUUUUGUCGAAGAAGAAGAUCCUAGUUUUGUGAUAACAUCAACAACUUGUCGAGAAGAGCCGUGGAAUAAAGUCCAUUCGGAUCGUAUUCCGUCUCCAGAAUUACAUAACUAUUGGAUUAAAAACAAUACUAGCAGAAAAGAUUAUCUCUAUCACACAACACCAAGUCCUCUUGCUGCAUUCGUUCAUCCUGAGCAUAUCGCUGUGACUCUCACUGCUGAAAAUCAGUUCGGUAAAAAAGUUUAUUGUCGUUACUUUGAUUGCAAACGUAGAGAAAUUCCACACGUCUUCGAGUCCGUUGUUUUUCCUGAAUCAACUGUUUAUUGUGGAAGAAGAGUUGGUGCAAAGUAUAUCUCAAUCACAGAGACAAAAUAUGAUACUCCCGAAACUCCAGUACCAAUUGUGAAUCGCAUUUCAAAUGGCCCCCAACAUUAUUUCACAGUUUGCAUGUCCACUCUGUAUGGAGAUGAGCCAAAGUUCAUUCAAAUCGUAGAUUUCAUUGAGUACCAUAAACUUCAAGGUGCCACAUUCUUCCAUAUUUAUAUUCGAAAUGUUUCUGCGUACGAUAGAAUGUUGUUGGAUGACUAUGUGAGAACUGGAGAAAUUGAGGUCAUUGUGUUGAAUGAUCAUUAUUGGAGAGCGGAUUAUAUGUGGCAUAUGAUGCAAAUUAAUGAUUGUCACAUGAGAAACGUCAACUUCGCAAAGUGGACAUCACUGUUGGACAUUGAUGAGAGAAUUGAAAUGAAGAAGGACUGGAAAAUUGUUGACUUUUUAGACACAAUAACCAAUCCAAACGUCGUAAAUCUUCAGUUCAAAGUUCAAUGGGUUUUGAAAGACUCUCUUUCUCCAGCUAGAUACGAAAAUGCCAAUCAAUUCUUCGAUAAUCUUGUGUUCCGAAAGUUCCAUAACACUUCAAAAGUUCAGAAUUGGCUUCAACCUAAAACAAUUAUCCGACCUGAAAGUAUAGCCGCAAUGACGAUCCACUCACCUGCUGCACUCUACAAAGGACUCAAUAAGAUAUAUGUCAGCGAUAUAAUUGGGGUUACUCGUCAUUAUAGAAAUGUCGAGGGAGGCGCUUUGACUAACAACAACAAGAGAGUUUAUGAAGUUGGACCCUAUUCAAUGACUGAUGUUGAACCAAACUUGAAGUUCAAAUUGACUGAUGCAUGUCUCCGUCGUGUAAAAGAUGUCUACGAUACAGUGAAUUAUUCAUGUCAGAAAAUGCAAGAAAUGUACCAUCAUCAUGUGCAGAUCUCAGAUGAACUGACUGAAAAUAGUGGAUCAGAUGAUUUUCUAGAUCCAGAUGCUGAUAAAUUUCUUGAAUGUCCAAUUGAUUCCUGGAAUGCAGUAGAAACCGAAAAAGUUCCAUUCGGCAGCUUUGAUGUUAUCCAAAAGUGGAAAAAGCAGAGAGUGAAUAAAUUUCGGCCGACAGUGUUGAAUGCCCUUCUCUUCGAUAAAUACUUAAUGGUUCUAAUCGACACAAAACAAAUGUCCGGUCGACACGUCGUCUGCCGAUACUUUGAUUGUCUUCGUCGCGAGAUUCCCAGCCAAUUCGAGUCGAAAAUCUAUCCGGAAUCCGUGGUUUAUUGUCCACGACGGAUCGGUGUUCAUUAUAUAUCAAUCACUGGGAAUAUUCUGGAAAAACCGACAAAGCCAAUUGCGAUUGAGAAUGCUUCCCUGACAACAGAUAACUAUACGAACAUUAAUAAAAGUGGAGAGCAAUUGGAAACUCAAAUAAAUAAAUAA